UGUAAAUUUUCAAUUCAUUCUUAAACUUUGCUAGAUCUUCGACGAAAUUCAUCUCGUGAAAUUGUUCUAUUUUUCUUCCCAUUUUUGCCGCGAAAUCGCUACUAGAUCUGUUUGCAUUACGCCAAUUGUAUUGCGAUUUUGAAACAUUCUUUUCAUUUUCCUUGAUAAAUAUAUUAUUACUUUGCUAUUUCCAUCUCUGCUCACACUCUCUCCUAAGCUGAUUUUGGGCCUUAAAUUGAAGAAUGCCUUCGGCUCAGGACCCAUUUUAUGUGGUUAAAGAGGAGAUUCAAGAAUCUAUUGACAAAUUGCAAUCUUCAUUUCAUCACUGGGAACGUAUUCCAGCCAAUACUGGAGAGCAAAUACAUCUUUCUAAAGAGUUACUGGCUAGUUGUGGGAGCAUUGACUGGCAGGUGGAUGAAUUGGACAAAACGAUUGCUGUAGCAGCUAGGGAUCCUGCUUUAUAUGGUAUUGAUGAGACAGAACUUGAAAAACGAAGGAGAUGGACCAGCAAUGCCCGUACUCAGGUGAGCACAGUGAAGAAGGUCCUUACAAGAGGAAAGGAGUCAAAUGGUACUGGCACCACAUCUGGAAAUGCAAUGCGUCGAGAGCUAAUGAAGCUGCCAAAUCUGUAUGGGACAGAUGGAACUGACCCUUACGCUGCCAAUGAUAAUGAUGAUUUCAUAGCAUCAGAAUCAGAUAGACAAUUGCUUCUUAUAAAGCAACAGGAUGAGGAGUUAGAUGAACUUAGUGCAAGUGUGCAGAGAAUUGGAGGUGUCGGGCUUACCAUACACGAAGAGCUCCUUCAACAGGAAAAAAUCAUAGAUGAAUUGGGUAUGGAAAUGGAUAGCACAUCAAACCGUCUUGACUUUGUUCAGAAAAAGGUGGCUAUGGUCAUGAAGAAGGCUGGUGCGAAAGGCCAGAUUAUGAUGAUACUAUUUUUGGUGGUCCUGUUUAUCAUCCUUUUUGUCUUGGUCUUUUUUACUUAGUGUAAAGUUUGAAGCAUGUAUGCCAAGUUUAUAAAUACAAGAGUGAUCUGCUCGUUUGGGAAC